AUGGCUCCCCAAACGCCGGCCGUUGUCAUGGACAACGGUACGGGCUAUUCGAAGCUAGGAUUCGCCGGCAAUGACUCUCCGUCCUUCGUCUUCCCUACCGCAAUCGCGACAAAAGGCCCUGCCGGCGGUGCUGGAGGUUCCGGAUCAGGUCGUCCUGCUGUCGCCAACAAGCCCUCGUUCCUCACAGGUGGAGCUGGCCCUGGCGGACAUCUCUCAGGAAAGCGCGGCACAGAAGACCUGGAUUUCUUCAUAGGAGACGAAGCUCUAGCGGCAUCGGCAGGACCAGGAUAUGGCAUACACUACCCUAUACGACAUGGCCAAAUUGAGAACUGGGAUCACAUGGAACGCUUCUGGUCAAACUCGAUAUUCAAAUACUUGCGCGUAGAGCCCGAGGAUCACUACUUCCUCCUUACGGAACCUCCCCUAAACCCACCAGAAAACCGCGAAAACACCGCCGAGAUCAUGUUCGAAUCCUUCAACUGCGCCGGCCUCUACAUAGCCGUGCAAGCCGUCCUCGCCCUCGCCGCCUCCUGGACGUCUUCCAAAGUACAUGACCGCUCUCUCACCGGCACCGUCAUCGACUCCGGAGAGGGUGUAACCCAUGUCAUUCCCGUCGCCGAAGGCUAUGUAAUCGGUUCCUCCAUCAAAUCCAUUCCCAUCGCUGGCCGCGACAUAACAUACUUCGUGCAAUCGCUACUGCGAGACCGGGGCGAGCCGGAUAGCAGCUUGAAGACCGCGGAGAGAAUUAAGGAAGAGUUCUGCUACGUGUGUCCAGACAUUGUAAAAGAGUUCUCCCGCUUCGACCGCGAGCCGGAACGGUUCGGCAAGCAUGAGGUUACGUAUCCCAACGGCAAGAAGGUCACAGUGGACGUAGGCUAUGAGCGCUUCCUAGCGCCGGAGAUUUUCUUCAACCCCGAGAUAUACUCCUCCGACUUCCUGACACCACUUCCCAACAUCGUCGACACCGUCAUCCAAACCUCGCCUAUUGAUGUACGGAGAGGGUUGUACAAGAACAUCGUACUGUCAGGAGGCUCGACAUUGUACAAAGAUUUUGGCCGGCGGCUGCAGAGAGAUAUCAAACAGCUCGUGGAUGCACGUAUCAGAGCGUCGGAGGCAAGGAGUGGAGGUGCGAGAUCAGGCGGACUGGAGGUGCAGGUCAUCACACACAAGAGGCAGAGGCACGGGCCGUGGUUUGGAGGCAGCCUGCUGGGUCAGACCCCGGAGUUUAGGAGUUACUGUCAUACGAAGGCGGAGUAA